AUGGCAGAUAUAGCGGCAGGGUUUUGUUGGAGAAUUGGGCGGCUGGAGUUGAAGGUGCGGCCGGGGUUCGUUGGCGGAGCUGAGCUUACGAAAUGGCUGGGCAUAGCCGGAAAAAGCUGGGUCAUACAAGGUGCGGCCGGGCAAUUCAAAUGGAGCAGGAAAUAUAGGCUGGCAUUGUUCGCGGGCAGAUCCGGAAAAUUACGACUGGGCUUGGAGUGGAUGAAUGCGGCUGGAGGUGCUCAAAUAGGAUGCAGCCGACUCUCAAGAUAUUGCGGCCGACUAUGUUGA